AAGUCGGAAAGAAAGUUAAGAGAGAUGGAUGAUAUGGAGAUCUAUAACAGACUGGCGAUCCUUCCACAAGAAAUCCAAGCCGCGGAAAACGCAAAGCUCCACUGGGAGGAAAUGCUUGGGUUGUUCUGGGAGCACCCGCCUGCUCUGGAUCCAGAGUUUGUGGGUGCAAGGAUGCAAGUCUUACGGGACCGCAUUCGCGGUCUGCAACAAAGGAUUUCUGGUCUCCUGCAGGAGCAGAACUUCCUAAUUGUGUGUGCUAUCGAACACGGUCGCCAGCGCCACUAGAACCACUCUCUUCUAAUAUUUAAAUAAGGAGUCCGUCGACCCAAAUGCAUGGCUUUCUUUGUUCUCUUUUUUUCUAUUUCUAUGGUUCACGUACUAUGUUAUUAGUGAACUUUUUAAUGGUGUGUGGCUGGUCUACGGUGUGUGUAGGCUUCCUAUUUUAUGUAUGCUUGUAAUGCUUCUGCUUUGUAAAAUAUUCCUUUUAAUAUCCGGUCUUCAUCUUCCUUAGAUUAGAUGCUACUUCCUUCGUCUAACGCACUGCCCCACAGAUAAUCAAAGUCUGUAAUAGCG